AUGUUGUGUUUGUUGUGCAAUACAGUUUUAAAUACUUUAAAAAAAGCGAAUGCAAAUAAACACUAUUUGACUCAUAAAGAACAUAAAUAUUUCGCUUUAGAAGGUGAAUCACGAAAAGCUGCACUUCAAAAGUUGAAAAAUGAGAAGCAUCAUCAGCAGGCAUCUUUUAGUGCCUUUGUAAAUCAAAAUUCCGCUGCAGUUGCUGUUACGUAUAAAAUAGCACAUAUACUUGGAAAAAGGGGCAAACCAUUUAGUGACAUUGAAAUAAUUAAAGAAUGUAUUGUUGAAGCAGUGAGUAUGUUAGAUCCAAGAAAUGUCGACAAAUACAAACAAUUACCUCUUUCAAGAAGAACUGUAACAGAUCGACAGCACGAAUUAGCGCAAAAUGUAACAGAGCAACUUCAUACAAUUAUACAAAAUGAAGAUGUUUAUUUUUCAAUUGCUUUAGAUGAAAGCACUGAUAAAACAGAUUCGGCACAAGUUUUAUAUUUUAUUCGUGCUAUAACUAAAGAUUUUCAAUGUUACGAAGAACUACUUGCGUUGGGUACACUAACUGGAAGAACUCGCGGAGCCGAUAUUUUCGAAAACUUCAAAGAAGUAUGUAAUAAAUUACAAUUGAAUGUCAGUAAUUUAGUCAGUGUCUGCACCGAUGGCGCACCUUCCAUGAGAGGCAAAAAAGAAGGAUUCGUUGCUUUGUUAAAAAAGGAAAACUUAAACUUGAAAAAAUUGAUAUCAUUUCACUGCAUUUUGCAUUAG